AUGCAACUCAAGUCUUUCAGCCCGUUUGUUAGCCUUGCUUUCUGGUCUGCGAUGCCCUCACCUGCUGUUUCAGCCCAUGGCACGGAUGCCGCCGGCGCUCAAGUCGGGCUUGGUCAUGAGUUCGGAUCGGCGAUGCAAUCACUCCUGGUUACGGCUCCACCAAGCUGGUCGCUGAAAUACUGCUCGAUGCCUGACUGUAACCAAGCUAGCGGCGGCGUUUGCAACGUACGCACUGGGCAACAGGCCACCCCUGGCUGUCAACAAUUCGGAAUACCAGGCGGCGCCGUUUCCCUCUUAUUCAGCUCCGAUAUUCUUGGCCUCAGGGUCCGACUCUUCACCGGGGACGACUGUACCGGCACUGCAAGAGAUUUCUGGCCUAUUAACCCGAUCGAUUGCCAGGAUUUCAACGACGGGCUGCCAUGGGGCGCCGAGUCGUUUCUGGUAUUCUAG